CAAUCCCAUUCUCACCUCGCUCGCCAUUCAAAUAGGCCAGACCAUCUCUACUUCGUUCCAAUCAACCCCUCCGUCCAUAUCCCACCUCUCUUCACCAAAACCAUCUCAUCUCAAUCGUCACUUCGACUUUCAAACCGCCUUCGACUUUCCACUCAACCCACCAAUCAACUCUAUCGAAAUGGCUCCCAAGUCCGCUCAAGCUUCCAAGGCCCCUGCCUCUUCCGGUACCGCCUCCAAGGCCCCUGCCGCUUCCAAGGCUCCCGCUAAGGCUGCCAAGACCGCCGCCCCCAAGGCUGAGGGUGCCGACAAGAAGAAGAAGAAGUCCAAGAGGACCGAGUCUUACUCUUCGUACAUCUACAAGGUGUUGAAGCAGGUCCACCCCGACACUGGUAUCUCCAACAAGGCCAUGAGCAUCCUCAACUCGUUCGUCGCCGACAUCUUCGAGCGAAUCGCCACCGAGGCCUCCAAGCUCGCCGUCUACAACAACCGAUCGACCAUCUCUUCCCGAGAGAUCCAGACUGCCGUCAGGUUGAUCCUCCCCGGUGAAUUGUCCAAGCACGCUAUCUCCGAGGGAACCAAGUCGGUCACCAAGUUCUCUUCCGCCGGCAAGUAAUCGGGUCGUUUUUCGUCCCAUUACUUUUCCCAUCACCUCCCCACCGACAUCUCGCCCAUCCCCGUUGGACUGGCCACCCGACGAUACACACAAUCUCCCUCCCGACCUUUGCUUUUCGCUCAGGGAUAUCGAACACGAACCUCGAGCGUGUUUUCGCUAUACCCGCCCAUUUUUAUAACCUUCGAUUGUGGACUGCACUUGCUCCUUUGUAAUGCGACUGUAUGAUGAGAUGAUGAUGAUCAACGAUCACGUAUUACGAGUCGGGUCGGAUGCUGGUUUUC